CCCCGCUCUAAAGUAAACACCGCGGGUGGCGGGACCGGUGCAGCCCGACCCGACCGCUCACCUGCGCUGGGCCAUGGCCGAGGGGCCCGCGGACCCCAGGGGCCUGCACGGCCUCAUCCUGCGGUGGUUGGUGGACAAUUUCUGCAUCUGUGAAGGGUACAGCUUGCCUCGCUGUCUCAUGUAUGAGAUUUAUGCAGAGACCUGUGGGCAGCAUGCUCAGAACCAAGUCAACCCAGCAACGUUUGGGAAGCUCGUGCACCUGGCCUUUCCUGAUCUCGGCACCCGCAGACUGGGGACCAGAGGCAGCGCCAGGUAUCAUUAUGAUGGAAUCUAUAUAAAGAAGAGUUCUUUCUUCUAUUCUCAGUAUUGCUGCCUCCCGGGUGAGAAAAGGAGUCCCAGUGGCGAUAUCACCUUUGAAAAAUCUAUUGAUUAUAACAUCGUCCAACAAGAAAGAACUUGUGAAAGUAAUUCACUACUAAAGACAUGUCCGGUUGGCCUUCCUUUAUCUGAAAUCAGAAGAUGUCCACUUUGGGAGCAAGAACUGGCAAAGAAAUAUUCCUACACGAUGAUGGGCUUCCUCGCUGACGAAUACUGCAGCCACUGUCAAGACAUUUUGCAAAAUGUGAGAAACCAAGAACUGGAGAGGGUGCAGGACUUGCUUACAUCUUUCUGGAAAUCUCUGCAGCAAGACGUAGUGAUGUUCAUGGCCCUUCCUGACGUGUGCCAGCUCUUGAAGUCCUAUGACGCGCAGCUGUACAAGGGACUGGAGGACCUUCUCCUGCAUGACUUUCUGGAUGACGUCUCUAUCCAGUACCUGAAAUCUGUCCGGUUAUUCAGCAAGAAGUUCAAGCGGUGGCUUCUGAAUGCUUUGGAAGGUUUCCCGUCCCUCUUACAGAUCUCCAAACUCAAAGAGGUCACCAUGUUCGUCAAGAGGCUCAGGAGGAAGACGUACCUUUCCAACAUGGCGAAGACCAUGAGGACGGUGCUGAGAAACAGCAGGAAGGUCAGGCUCCUGAAGUCAGAUCUCCAAGCCAUCGUCAGCCGGGGCACCCUGGACGUCUCUCCGGAGCCCAUGGAAAGUGACCUGAGCCACGCGGAAGAGGCGGAGAGCCACCCGGAGAUGAAAUGUUUAAGCUGUUUAAUUUCUUUGCUGGGAACAUCAGCAGAUCUCAGCGUAUUCCUGAAUUGUCUGUCUUCAAAUCUCCAAGCAUUUGUCUUCCAGCCGAGCAAAAGCAAGGAAGAGUUUAUGAAACUGGCUGCCAGCUUCCAGCUGAAAUGGAAUUUCCUCCUCACUGCUGUGAGCAAAGCCAUGACCCUCUGCCACAGAGACAGUUUCGGCUCCUGGCAUCUGUUCCAUUUGCUGCUUUUGGAAUAUGUGAGUCACGUAUUUCAGUCGUGCCUGGAGGAGGAAGAGGAAGAGGAGGACGUGGGGAAUCUCAAAGAGGCGUGGCCAGAUGAUCAGCGUCUCGCCCAGCCAGUCCAGGCACUCGCCUACCCUCUAGAUCCUUCACUGGGCCCGAGCGCCAGCCCAGCGAGGGUGACACUGGGAAGCAGGAGCCACAGCCUCGGUCCCGUGGGUGUGAGCAGCGUGGUCCUCUGGGUCCUGGGAUUCCUGGUGGACACUGCCACGGGCAAUAAGCGCAUCCAAGUCUUGCUGGAGGACAAGGCCACCAAAAGCGCCAUGAGACUCAGCCUUCCCAUGGGAGAAGAAGCCCUCGUAAGCCUAAAAGAUGGGCGCAGAUUUGUGAUCCACAUUUCCGACAUACCCUAAAGCUCUGAGAAAGCAGUGCUAAGAGGAAAGAUAGUUUAAACGAACAAGAUGUGGGGAAACAGCUACACUUACCUUCUUAAAAGUAUGUUAAAUCCUAAAGCUUUUGUAAUGCUAUGGAAAAAAAGGUUCUAUGUAUAUAUUAGAAGUAGCAUUUUAUGUUCAUAUGUAUUUCAAGGAGUUGGUCUGUAUCAAACUAUAAGCUGAUUUGGAGAAUAA